UAUCGACUGGCAGACAGAGGGCAGCAGAAGGGUCCAUCUCUUCCUGACUGGAUCACACAGGACAAGCAGCAUCAUCAUCACCAUCAGCAUCAUCACCCACAAUCCUCUGUCACAAGGACAAGCUCUCCAUCCAGACGCGCGCAGGGAGCGGGGACAAUCUUUGCUUUCUUUCUAUUUUUUUUAUUCCUAUUCCCACAACAGGAACCAUCAUAAUAAAGCAGCAAGAUGCUGGCCUGCACGGAGCUGAUCACCAUGUGUCUCCAGUCCGCCAAGCACGAACACUUGAGAAAGCAGCAGGGGCUCGACCACAACCAGAACCAGAACCAGAACCAAGGCGUCGCUUUGUUCCAAGAUAUCUUUCGUCGGGCGGACAAAAAUGACGAUGGGAAGCUGUCCAUGGAGGAAUUCCAGUCCUACUUCACUGACGGCGUUCUCACCGACGAACAGAUGCAGGAGCUGUAUUACUCCAUCGACAGGCAGCAGACAGACAACCUGGACAUAGACAAGCUCUCAGCGUACUUCUCUCCUCAUCUGGGGGAAUAUGUCAACGUCUUGUCUGCACUGGAAAAGCUGAACGUGGCCAUUUUAAAGGCCAUGGAUAAAACUAAAGAGGAGUAUCAGGGCUCGUCAGUACUUGGUCAGUUUGUCACUCGGUUCCUGCUGAGGGAAACCUCCUCCCAGCUUCAGUCCCUGCAGUCCUCCCUGGACUGUGCCACAGAAGCCGUCCACGACCACGGCUGCACUGGGAGGAUAGUGAAGAAGCCCGAGGACCUUCCCAUCCAGAGGGUCACCAAACGACCCAAUCGACGCAUCCAGAAGAACAUGUGUCUCUCUCCUACUGACCCUUACUCUGGCAUGCUCACCACAGGGGUCAGCGUAGAGCCAGAGAACCCCUGGGGCUCCCAGAUCAACCAGCUGGAGCAACUCAUGGAUAAACUGGACUGUGAGAGCCCACGUCUUGAACCUCUAAAGGAAGACACUUUGGCAGGGACAUAUAAAUCGAACAUUCUCCUGGUCCAGAGGCAGAUGUCUGUAAAGGAGAGAGACGUGGAGCCGUUUCAGCAAGCUCUCAAAGUCUACACAGAUGCCGCCAGCAGCCAGCUGAACAACCUACACAUCUCAGUCCAAAACCUGCCAGACAGAUCAUGCUUCAUCAUGUAUGAGUUUUGGCAGGACCGUCUCUCCUGGAUGAGCUUCCUGCAGUCAUCCAUCAGCAAGACCUUUCAGCGCUGCAUCAUUGACUCGCUGGAGGAGCCAGAAAUAGUCUCCACUAUGCUUCUCCCAGCUUCCUGGUGGAUAAUGAACAACAACUGAACAAACAUCACGGCUGCUUGAAACACGGCGAAAGCGGAACAAGGAAGGAAAGACUUCUGCAUCUUUUUUGGUUUGAUACUAACUUAUUUUUUCUCUUUCUGGCAUGACUGGGAUUGGCUUUGUAGCAUUUUCUUUUGGUUAUAAAAGGACAGCUGAGAAAAAAAUGUGCAACACCAUAAAGCAAACAACAAUCUCAGAACGCAAAAAAAAAAAAAGCAAGAGGUAAAAUCGGUGCUUAACUGAGCAAUCAAGAGCCUAACGAUUAUUUCACAUUCACUGGCACAUUUCAAUCUACCUACCUUUUUGAAACACAAGAGAGAUGAUUAAAAUAGGAUAUGCAUGAUUCUUUUUUUCCCUAAUUGCUCGUUUUUUUUCCCCCUCUCACAGUUGCAUCUUGUAGUAGAUAGAUAUAACGGCAGCAAUGGCACAACAAAGAAAAAGAGACACAAAAAUAAAAAUGUGUUUGUCCAUACAUUACUUUUUCCUCCAUACUGAUAAAAAAAAACACAAAAAAAAAAACCUAGUGCUUUGGUUUACUCUGUCCUUGUUCUCCCUGUGCUGAUGUGCUUUGUUGUCUCCCUCAAAGCUUUGCUACCAGGCGUGGUUUUUGCAGAUAGGUCAGAGAGCCAUCUCAUAGCGCACAGCUACUGAAUAAUUAUGGUCUGCACCUGAACUCUUAGCAUCUGUGUCACUCCUGCACUUUAAAAAUAUAUCUAUGGAACAUGAACAUUAUUGUGAAGAAUGAGAUUUUUGUUUAUAUUAUUGUUAUUAUUUUGGAUUGUCUUUUGUAAAUUGCAAAAUGAACCUGCUGUUUAGAAAAGUCUUAGCGAAGAACAAGCCACCAGAGUUUGAGUGUACUGUUACUCUCAACAUUAAAUAAGUAAAAAAAAAAAAAAAGCCAUUACUCUACAUAUGUAGUGCAUAUUCAACAGAGUUUAAGGAUUAAAAAUAUUAAAAUAAAGUUUUAUUUUGGAAAUAAUGCUGGACCUAUUCUGUGUCAUAUUAUAUCAGAAAGAACCCCGGUUAAGAUAGUGUACAUAGAUGAUAAAAGCUGUAGGACUGAUUUAUCUGUUGUAUAACUCUGGUAUAUGUACAGUGAAUUAGUAUGUAACAUUUGGGAUUUAGUAUGUGGGAAUAAAUGUGUCCACUCAUUUACUUGAAGUGCUUAUCCUUUCUUUAGUGUUAUAUGCAGUUAUGUGGAUUCUGUUUUGGUUGUUAUUUAUUUAUUCAUUUAUUUAUUGGCAUGAAUUAAAGUUUAACUGACAUAGAGGACGGUUUCAUUGAUGCCUUUUCUUUUAUGUGACGCGCGGAUUGAAAUUUAUGUAAAACUGCCAACAAAUACACUGAUUAAAAAUGGAAGUUAUUCCCUUUCCU